GUCAAGAGUAAUGAACAUGUCGCGUCGCGUGCGCUAUUAUUGUUAUCGUAAUUUAAAAUAAUUAAUUCACUGAAUUUUCAAACGAGUCCCGGUCUCAUUACUAAAACUAUGGCCUGUUAAUCAAUUUAAAACGUUUCUGUGUCAGUCGACUGCAAUAUCCGUGAGUUACUUAGCGUGUCCUAAAAACUACAGUGGUUUUCGAAAGAAAGUUCUAACUUUUUAUUUCUUGUGUUUUUAAUGGUUGAAGAUGCGUGUGUCUUCGAAUUUGGUGUUGUUGUUGUGUGUGUUGGUUGGGGGGCAUGUGAAUGACGUAGAGGAGUCUGGCGGGCACUCGUUGGAGUUGACCCAGUCGUUGAAUUUGGCGCGACAGGAAUUGAUUCAGGAGACAUGUGCCCAUUUCCCGCCGAAACUGACCCUAGACGAGCUACCACCGAGCCAACUAGAGCAUAUCCUUGUGAAUGAUGAGCAUAAACUCCUCUACUGCUAUGUGCCAAAGGUGGCCUGUACAAAUUGGAAGAGGAUAUUAAUGAUACUGGCAGGAAAAUCCAAUGACACAGAUGUCCUAUCCAUAACUGCAAGCAUCGCCCACACUCCAGGAUUGUUCCGGAACCUCAGUACCGUUGCCAAGCCAGAAUGUGACAUCAUGCUUGAAAACUAUCACAAGAUGAUCAUAGUCAGGAAUCCGUUUGAAAGACUCUUGUCAGCUUUUAGGAAUAAGUUAGAAGGAGAAAUGCAGAGUGCUAAGUAUUUUCAAGAUCGCGUAGGCAGACGAAUAAUAAAGGCGUUCAGAGAGAACCCAAGCAAUGAAUCGUUGGAGUUGGGCCAUGACGUCACAUUCAAGGAGUUCGUCCUCUUCCUCACUAACAAGUCUGAGGAGUUGGCUGAUGUCGUCAACAACGAACAUUGGCAGCCGAUCACCAAUCUCUGUCAUCCGUGUCUCAUCAAGUAUACUCUAGUCGGUAAAUACGAGACUCUUCUAGACGAUUCUCAACUGGCUCUCCACACUAUAAACGCAUCGCACAUACAGUUUCCGCACCUCGCCCACACAUCAGGUACAUCUGAAAAACUUCACACGUACUUUUCACAGUUAGACCUGCCCUUAAUAAGAAAGUUAUACAAAUUAUACAAGCAUGAUUAUAGAAUAUUUAACUACGAUUUAGAUAAUAUUGUAGGGUUUGACUUAGGGUAGAAGUAGAUUGUAUUUUUAGUUGGUUAAUGGUUUGUAAAUGUACAUUUGGAGUACAAGAAAUGUAACUUAUAUGAAUUACUAAGUUAAGGAAGAAGAUCCAAUUGUGAAUGCUUAUAUAGUUUUUACCUUAGUACCGGUAGGUGUGGAUUCCGGCAGACACAGACUUGAUCUUAACUUGACAGUCCUUAAAAUAGUGCUAUCCUUCUCUAAGGUUAAGUGUACUAUAGAGACAGAGCUAGUUAUGGAACUGUCAAACUAAAAUUAAGCCGGUAUCUGUCAGAAUAGGCGCCAUUGAAGUACAAAAGUGGUUGUAAUAUUAAUAUACUUAAUUGACUAAGUAUAACACAUGUCAUGUGUACCUAUUUGCUGAAUCGUACUUAAAGUACAAGACUUCAAAGUGCAAUUUACAAAGUGCACAGUUUCAUUUUUUUUUUAAAUUAUUUUGUGGUGUUCAUGUUGAAUAUGCUAUUUUGCCAAUCGUGACGUCAUAUCGACAAACAAGUGUUGUGCAAUAAAUAUUGCUUAAAAUGAAAUUACACAAUGAUAUUACAUCAGGUAUGUAGUCAGGUGAAAUUGAUAGUUCAUUGAUCAGAAAUAGGUACUUAAGACGUUUGAGGUUUACGCGAUUGUAAUCAUAAUUAAAACACAUAAUACUUACCAAUUGUGUGGGUCUCAUAUCCCUGACCUUCUUCGGUCGUGUGGGUUGUGAUGUGAAUUACCAACCUCAUCAACCCUGGUGUCAGGGUUACUAUUGACCCGCCAAAGGCCCCUGACGUGGCUCACAUAACGACUACUUACUUACAUCAGCAAGUAGUAACCGGGACCAACGGCUUAACAUGCCUUCCAAAGCAUGGAUCAUCUAACUUUUUGGACAAUAAGGUGAUCAACCUGUUGUGUCCUAACCAAACUAGGGAUCACAAAGUG